AUGAGCACGAGAGAGAAAGAGCCUUUCUUCCGGGCUGCCCAGACACAGGUUGCAGCGAAUGAGAAGUGCCGGCUUGCUGCACGCUUGCCUAUAGCUCGGUCUGUGGCCAAUGAGCCCGGGAGGAUGCGGCUCCAACUGCUUCACUUCCUCUGGCGAUCUUCGAGUGGCAAGGUUUUUGCAGCGCGGGAGAAGUGCUCUUCCCGACUCUAUGCGUUGAAGAUUGCUCAGUCUCGCCACGAGCAUGUGUCUACGCUGGGUGAUCUCGCUCAUGAGUUUGAAGUUCUUCAGCAUUUAGGGUCCCAUGCUCACGUGGUUCCUUGCCUCGGACUGUUGCCUUCCAGCAGCCAGAAGGACAUGGGCUUGCUUUUGCCUUUGGCCAGCUGCUCUCUUCACGAAUACCUGAAUGGCUGCCCGUUGAUGAUCUCCAGCCCAGAGAAUGCCUUGGAGAACCGAUGCCGUUUAGCAGUGCAAAUUUUUAUGGGGCUGCAAUUCAUCCAUGCCAAGCAAGUUGUACAUUUAGAUUUGAAAGCCUCAAAUGUCUUGCUUGUUUUAGACAGCCAAAGCAAGAACGGCCCACCUCUAGCCUGGCUUGCUGACUUCGGCCUCAGCCAACAGAUGCCAGGCCACGUCUUUGGACAUUUGGUUUGCAGCAAGCCAUAUCGGCCGGUUGAAUGUCAUUGCUCCGGCCGUGAGAAGAUGAAAUUGACCCCUGCACUGGAUAUCUUUUCACUUGGGUGUUUGCUGUUUGAACUUAUUCAAACUGGCCCUCACAGGUUCCUCUUUCCUUCUGCGGAAGACAUGUUUCAUGGCUUGCCUUUGCCCGUGGCGCAGCAAAAGGCUGCAGACCACGUUGCCCACAAGUUGAGAUUUCUUGACCCGGCCGGCGCCGAGACCAUCAAGCUGUGCACGGCACCGGUCCGGGCACGGGGGGAGUUGGAGUCUGCCAGGCGGCUCUGGCUUACUCAGCGCUGCUUGCGUUGA